GUGACUUCUCCCUUCAGUCAAUUUAGGGAGAAGUGGGGAGACUUUAGGGAGAAGUGAUACUUUUUAUAACACCUGAUACAAAAACUAUGCCAUACCACACACCUCAGUUUAUAUUCACAUUCAAAUUGAUUGCUAUAACUAUAUAAAAUGUUCAUAAAAUAAUGUAUCAUUUUUGGCUCAGCAAAAGUGUAUUUGUCAAUGUCACAUAGUUUAUCUCCAAAUAGCAUCUAAAAUGAACCAAAAAAAUACAUCUAAGGAUUUGAAAUAAUCAUAAUGACCCCAUAAAUGAACUGUCAAUAAAGUAGGGGGACGAAUCUUGUUUUGGUACGUUCGGGAUAGGGUACGAAUGUCACAUUCAGCUGUGCUGUUAUUUACUUGUUUCUGGCUAAAUAAUUUUAAUUAUGCUGACAUUUAAGAACCAAAUGACAUUUAAAUCAGUGUCCUUGAUGAAAAUUUUACCAAUACAUAAUGGGAAGUUGAAAAAUUAACUCGGAAAAUUGUUUUGACAAAAUGGCGAUCUCGCCGAUUUUUUUUUGACAACGUAACUGUGACAGGAGAAAAUUACUGUUGCUAUCUUGAUAUUUGGGACCUGAAUGAAUUGACAGAACAACAUCCUGAUACCAGCCAUUGACAGACAUGAUGUCCAAACCCUAGCUGGUGGCAGGUGUGAUAAGACUGGAGGUGCUGUGACAUAACUGGAUGAUUAAGGCAUGAAUGAUGGGCUUAAAAAUGGACAUGCAUAUACCUCAACUAAACAUUCUUCAAGUCUUAUAUGUGAAUCUUUAGAAUUAAUUCUGAAAUGAACAGUUUAAGUCCUCAAAGGCAACAACAAGAGAUGCUGGCAGCUAGCUCCUGCCCAUGCUCCAUGUCGUCGGGAAUUCUUAAAAUCCCCAGCUUUACGUCCUGCAGAAGAUACAUGGACAGUCCAAGUGAAAACUGCAAUGAAAUGUAUCAAGAAGAUAAAGAUAUUAAGGAGGAAGAUAAGGUUGUGGAUUCAGAUAAACAUGAACUUGAGACAGAGAAUUAUCAUGAAACAAAUGUGCAAGACAUUGAUGAUUAUGAGAAUGGAACCAGCAAAACUAAAGCUUGCCUGAAAGAUAAACAUGUUGGAGGUAUGGAUGAUUCUAACAAAGGAAGUGCUGAAUCAAAAUUUUGUCUGAAAGAUGCUGUUAAGCUGGACCUGGACAGUGAUUUCUCUGGAAUGGAUGAAGUAGGAGGUGCUGAAAAUAAAGUGACCGAAGAUUCAAGUAAAGUGACUGAUCACUCUGAAGAAGAAAAUUGUGGUCAGAAUGAUGAAAUAGGAAACAAUGAAGGACAUUGGUUUGAGAAACCAGAAAAGGUUGAUGUCAAGGAUGUAAAUGAUGGGGACAGUGAUAAAACUGAUGAAGAUACCACUAACAGAGUGAUCAGUGAAAGCAAGAAGAAAAUGUUGUUGAUGUCACCAAGGACUAAAGGUGAUGUGGGCACUGAUGAAGGCAACACCAACAAAGUGAAAAGUGAAAGAAAUGUCCAGUCGAGUGCUAAUGACAUGACUAGAAUUAAAAAUGGUGAAAAGAUGAUCAGUGUAGUGAAAAACCCUCCUGUGCAAUAUCUUAGAGCUUGGUUAAAUGAAACUAAAGACUCCUGUAAAACUCUCAAUCUACUUGGUGUUUGUAAUAAGACCUCAAAAGCUUACAAGAAGGGAAAUGCACAUAAAAAGGAGUACAAGAACAAUGACAAUGAGAAUGUUAUGAAAUUUGCUGAAAUACUUUACAAAUGUACACUUUGUACAACUAUUCCUUCUAUAAUGACAUCAAAGCAGAGUUUCAUAGACCAUGUAAACAAACUGCAUUUGUCACAAGGUGAUCAACCUCAUUCCUGUGGAUCAUGUUCAUUACAGUUUCAGACAAUUGAAGAUCUGAAAGAGCAUAUGAUGUUUUCCCACACAGGAAGUGACAUCAGCAUAUCAUGUGACAUAGAAGGAAGUGAUGUCACAGAUUUCCAUGGUAAUACCAAUGAAGAUCAUGAGAGUGUCAAUGACAGUGAUUCAGACUCUUCAGGGCAUAGACAAUUCCGAGCAAAGAUUGUAAAAAGAUCAAAACCAUCACAUGACUUCCAAAAUCCAAAACAGUUGGUGGAUCAUACCGGAAUAGAAACUUUGAAUGGAUCUUUGGACCUCACAAAGAAAGGUGAAGUUGUGAAUGAAACUCUAGCAACAUUUAAUGCUGCAAGUUCAAAAACUAAGGAGAGAUGUGAUAUUGACAUUAAGAAAAUUACUGACCAAAUUGCAAAAUCUGAUGUUCAGGGAAGGAGUCGGUCAAAAGAUCCAGAUAACAAGUUUCCUUUUACACCAGCUUCAACUGCAGAGUUCGGGAAAUUUACAAAGCUCGUUAGAGAAGGGGGGAAUAUUGUGUACUUCUGCCAGAUAUGCAACUGGAAAUCCCCUAUCAAGUCAACAUUUCAAGCACACUGUAACUUGGCUAGUCACAAGAGGAGAGUACUGAAUCCUGAGAGUACAUUAUCUGACAAGGAUGAAGGUUUGAAUGAGAAUGUUGAAAACAGUGGUGUUCCCAAAAAUCCUUGUAUAAGUUCACAAAUCCUGAGUCAAAGCAACAAUCCAUAUUUGUACAGUCAGGCUUACAACCAAAACCCGAGAAAACCUGAGCCGAGUUUGUUCCAUAAAUACAUUGUACAUUCUAAGUCCGCACCUUUUAACCACAAAAUAAAAACACCAGUAGUUUCACCUUAUGGAAAUUCUUCAUGUACUGUUUUUGAAAAUGCAAGACACAACACAAAAAGACCCAGUGAAUGUCCUGUGGACAUGGUCAUUAAAAAACGUAAACGAUUUACCAGAAAUCCAUUGAAUGACCAGACUGCGGAUUCAGAAAGUGAAGAUGAUGGGAAAACCACCAACCAACACCAAAACAGCCCUGCGCCAACCUCUUCAAUUAUGGCUUUUCUUAGAAAUAAGCUGCUAGGAAAGUUUACUAACAAAGGUGAUAUAUCAUUGCAAAAUGAGAAGUCAAGAAACACAAAUAGUCCAGAAAACAAGGCAAUUGAAUCAGAUGCAGAUAAUAAAAAGCGAGAUUGUGUUGCCUCUGAUAGACCUCUGAAUUGUCACGCUUGUAGCUUCCAAUAUCAUAGGAUUGAUGAGUAUGAGAAACACUUCGACAGAGUGCACAAAUCAAUGCUAUGGAACAUGCUGCAGACUUCUAGUCCAGGUCCAGAUCACCAGAGUUCGCCAUCUUUGAUGAGGGGGUCACCUGACUACUCCUGUCCAAUCGGAUAUCAGAGAAACUGUUCCCAGCUGUUUGAAAGCAAGAUGGAAACUGAAGGGUCAGGAAAUGAUGGAAGACGAGGCAGUCCUACAGGGAAAACUGCUCUAGAAAAUGGAACAUGUGAAACGGGGGAAAACUGGAGGGUCCAUAAACUGAAGGAACUCUUCCCAGAGUACUUGGUUGAGAGUGAGAGGGGUAGUGUUUCUCGAGACAACCUGCUCUAUUGUAUCAGCUCAACUACUGAUUUCAACGACGCUCUAAUCUGGUCAUCAGCAUGUAAUCGUGCGAUCAGAGAGCUCUUCCCGAACAGCCAGGCACAGCGCAAGGGGAAAUACAAAAAAACCUUCUAUUAUGGCAUCACCAUGAUAGAGUGCCCCACCACAGUACAGACAUUCCCUAUGGACAAUGAGUCGCUGUUCCAUUUACCCCCCAGGGAAGCCCAGCUGUUAUCAUCUUCCAGAGAACUGAAUGCGGACACUGAGAGAAUUGUUGAACAUUUACCAACUGUUGUACAGUGGACAGGAUGUAUGGAGACUGGUGUCUACAGACAGGAACUACUGCUGGUGCUAGGGGCGAGUCCCGGGGAGCAGGCCUACCAUUGGGGAUCACAGUGUAACAGAGCUAUAAGGCUGGUCUUCCCUCUUGUAGAAAUCAAGAGGAAGGGAAAAUACAAAUCAACAAUGUACAUGGGUGUGGAGUUCCAUCGGUCCGCAGAAAGGAUACUGAAGAAAAGGAAAGGCAGCCAGUUUCCAUUCCAGGACCAUCCCAGUGAACAAAUAAACCAUAGUCCUGGUGAAAUGUACAAACUUGGAAAAAAACAUCAAACACUGAAGGAUCUCCUAACAAAGGGGAGCAACUCAAAAGACUUUGUGUCAUUCAGUGAAAAUAUAGUUACCUGCCCUAGUAAAAGAGACUUGGAAACUGUUAGUGAGAAAACUGAGAUAGAUUUGUCACAAAGCAUUUCUGAAUCCGUGAGACAAGAUGCUGUGAAGGAGAUGGACGACUAUUUAGUGAAAUUUGGAGGAAUCUCGAGCAGUCUACCAAGUCCGGAGAAAAAAACUUCGCCCAGCCCGGAAAAUAGAUUACAGCUUAGCCCUGUUGAGAGGAAUUUGCCUAGUCUUGGGACCGAACUGUCUAGGAGCCCUGCAGGGUUGAACACUCAAGAUCAGGAAAAUGAUGGCGACGAUGAAAGUAGUAUGUCAAUUGAUGUUGAGUUCUAGUGAUGUGAAAAGUGGUCCGGCUUAUUUACUAUGAUGCAAGUUUGAAUUGACUUAUAGCCCUACAGUGUAAAAGACGGAAGAUCUGGGAAAUUUGAUGUAGCAAAGUGGUGAAAGGAGGGCUAGUCUUACAUUGUACUUCCAUGUAUAUCAAGUGACCAUUCCCUUAAAUGUGACCAAUUUCUUUAAAAAAAGAAAUCUGGUUCUAGGACAAUAUGGAAAAAAAAAAGUAAAUGGUUUCUUUGAGAAAAAAUACAUGAUGUAUCAGCUCAAAUAGGAACUUAUUUUGAAUUGUGUUAGACAUUUCUCAUGCUGCCUUGUUAAGAUGCCCUGGCCUCAAUUUCUCAAAACUUCUUAAGUCUCUUAAAACAGGAUUAAGCUAAGAUCACUUCUUUUGUUUUUCUAUAAGGCCUAAAAAAAUAAUUGUUUGCUUAGGGUAACAUCCUUUUCAAAAAUAGGUAGGGUACGUAGGCUUUUUUUUUUAAUAAGGCUUUAUAUAAAAAAGUAAUUUUCAUCAUUGGAGAGUGGUGUUAAAGUUAUAUUCUGUAUAAGCAUUUAAGGUUUUAAACAACAUAUUGAAUAGCAGUUAAAAAAAAAAAAAAAAAAAACUUUUUUUUUUUUUUCAAACUGACUAUAAAAACGGUAGGGUCGGCACCUAUUUCGUAGGUAGGGUCAGGUUACCCGAAUCUUUUAGGCCUAAUAUUUGUUGCAUUUACUUUAUAAUUUUUGUUAUACCUACUUAUUUUAGAAUUUUUAGACUUAAGAUAGGAAUUAGCCUUAUGAAAAUCACAAUAAACCAUUUAUAUUGAUCAAAGUUGAAUUUAAGAAUGUGUUUUUGCUUAUUAAAAUAAGCCAACAAAAACCCUGUUAAAGCUUGAAAAGUUUCGAGAAAUUGGGCCCAGAUGACUGUGUUAGGUUUUUAAUGCGACUGGAUGUCACCAUGGCUUGAUUACUCUAUUUUUAAUGAGUUAUAUUUUCACAUAAUGGUUUUGUUUCUUCUUUCUGAAAUACUUGCAAUAAUAAGUGCCAUAUCUUUCUUUAUGAUUUCUUGCACGUUCUGUGAUUUCAUCUUAUUUUAUAAUUUUUACACAUCCUGUGAUUACCAAAUCUUAUUUGUUAUUUUAAGUUUUUAGUCCUGUUUCUUUCAUCGUGAAACUCAAAAAUAUUAUCUUGUGACAUAUCUUUUUUUUACAAUUUUACGCACAUCCUUUGAUAACAAGAUCUUGUAGCUUAAAGUAUUAAAAAAAUGUGUCUGUUUCUGUGUUAGCUACACAAAUAUUAUGUGACCUGUCUUAUUCUAUAAUUUCUUAAACAUAAUGUGGUUACAAAUGGAGUUGCUGGAAUAUUAUUUAGUGCCAUAAAAUAUCUUUCUUAAUAAUGUCUUUCACGAUAUGUGGUGACAAAAUCUUGAUACCUGAAAUGUCUUUCAAUUCCUUUUGUUUUGUUUCUUUGUUAGAUUUUUUUUGCACGUUCUGUGAUUGAAAAAUCUUAUUGGUUCAAGUGACUGAAUUUUAUUUUCGUGUAUCUUUCUUAGUGAGCUACACAAAUAUUAUUUAGUGACACAUUUAAUAAUUUAUGGCACAUAAUGGUUACAAAAUUUGUUGUUUAAAAUGACAAAGUCUUUUUUCUGUAUUCUUCAUGAGCUACAUGAAUAUAAUUAUAUUACCCAGUGCUAUAAUAAUCUCUUUUUAUAUCAUUCACGACCUGUGAUUACAAAGUCUUGAUGCUUAAAAUGGCUUUCUGAUGUCUUAUUUUUUAUUUAUAUGUGAGAUACAUGAAUAUUGGUUAGUGCCAUAUAUUUCUUCAUGAUGUCUUUCACAUUCUGUGAUUAAGAAAUCUUUUUGUUUCAAGUGACUUACUUUAACUUCUUAGGUUUCUUUCUUUGUGAGCUUCACUAAUAGUAUCAUUUCUAAAUCUUAGUUUACUGUGAAUUUCUUGCUUUGGUUACAAAAUUUUGCUUUAAUUUUUUUUCUGUUUCUAUUGCUACACAAAUAAAAUUAAGUGGCAUAUCUUAUUCUAUUAUUCCUUGCGCAUUAUGUGGUAACAAAAUUGUUUAAAAUGACUUUCAAAUCCUAUUUUAUUGUUUCUUUGUGAGGUACACAAAUUUUAUUUAGUGCCAUAUAUCUUAUUUUAUAAUUUGUUGCCCAUCCUUUGGUUUACGACAUCUUAUUGCUCCAAGUGGCUUAUUUUAAUUUUUUUGUCCGGUUUCAAAUUCUUCGUGAGCUACACAAAUUUUAAGUUUGUUCAGUCUGUUUCUUUGUGAACUACACAAAUAUAAUUUAAUGGGUUGUCUUGUUUUAUAAUUUCUUGCACAUCCUUAGGUUACGAAAUGUUCAUGCUUCAAGUGGCUAGUUUUGAUUUUUUUUAGUCCUGUUUGUUUCCCUUGAGAUGCAUGAAUAUUACUCAGUUACAAAUCUUAUUCUAUGAUUUUUUGCACAUCCUGUGAUUACAAAAUCUUGUUGCUUAAAAUGGCUUUAAAUUCCUUUUUUUGCUUUUCUUCUGUGAAAUACACGAAUAUUAGUUCAAUAUCUCUCUUUAUGAUUUCCUGAACAUCUUGUGAUGAAAAAAUCUUGUACAUGUAGCUUAAAAUUUCUUAUAAAUGCUUUUUUUGUUUUGCAUUUCCUUUUUUUAUUUUUUGUGCAAUAUUUAUUCACAAGCCAUAUACCAUUCAUAUUUAUGUUAAAUGACACAAAUUAAAAACACAUGUUUUGUUUACAAAUGGCAUGACAUGUCAUUGAUAACUUGCAUUGAUUUCCCUUGUUGUGUUUUUU